GUUUGGGGUUUUUUUGUUGCUGUUGUUUUUAAAUUCUUCAAUCCUCUUCCUGAAACUGUUUUCUAAUAUACAUUUAUCACUGGCCUCUUGCUUACUUCAUACAAUCACAUAAAGAUACUGAAUUAGCCUCAAAAAAAACCUGCUGUCUUAAUUUAGAUACUGGAUAUGAUGGGAUUUUUCAGGAACCUGCAUAAGCAAUCCUUUUGCUUAAGCUGCCUGGAGUGAUUUGAGGUUCAUAAUUUUCUUGGCAAUUUCUUCUCAUGAUAGUAAGUUAAGCACAGAAUUAAUUGUGUGAUUUGGUCCUUAUUUUAGACUGUGCAUGUAUUUUGCACUUUUUGUACAUUUUUCUAAUGAUUCCUUCAUCCUUCAUCCCAUGUUUACUUUUCCGUGUUUUCUAAUUUUGAUUUUAUAGCUCACUAGGAGUAAGCUUGUGCUAGUGUGUGGUGAAGGGUCAUUGGUAGACUUGCAGUUAAAACAAACAACCCUCAAAUACUUCAACCAUGUUAGGGAAGAAUGAUUAGAGAAGUAUCUUCAGUCUUGUAAUCUGGAAUCUUUGAAUUUUCUCUCUGGUGAAACAUCAAGUAGUCCCCUCCAUGGAUGGCUUUCCCAAGUCAGUUGUUUUGUUGACCCAGCAAAUAUCCUAAGGCUCAUAGUUCUGAGGGAGAAAUUUGAUUAUUUUUAACUGCUGUCUUAAGCAACAGUAAUUGAACUUUACAUUUUUGAGGCUCUCAUGUAAAUGCCAUGUUCUCUGUCCUUUCUGUAACCUAGAAAUGAUGGCAGAUGAUUUAGAAAAAUUUAUUGAAGACCAGAAGGCCAAGUUGGCACAAGAUAAGGCAGAACUUGAAAAUGAUCCACCUUACAUGGAAAUGAGGAACAAGGAGUCAGAGAAGCUUUCUGAAACUAGCAAGAUGUUAAUCUCCAUGGCUAAAGAAAAUAUACCUCCAAAUAGUCAACAGAACUAUCCUUUAGGUGACUAUGGCUUGAGUUUACCUCUUGGAGAAGAAUAUGAACGAAAAAAACAUAAACUCAAAGAGGAACUUAGACAAGAUUACCGGCGAUAUCUUUCUCAGAAAAAUUAUCUGACUACUGAUGAAGUAGAUCCAUAUACUCAGGGAUUAUCUCUUCCUAUUGAUGAGCGAAGAUCUGCCAAGGAGAGACUACGACUUGAAAGAAACAAGGAGUACAAUCAAUAUCUCAGGGAUAAAGAAGAAUGGAAUGAAAGGCUAAGGAGAUUAGGGAAGAAAAACAGAGAGAAUGAGAUGCACAGGAAUAAAACACCUAUUGCUGUUACCAGGCUCCAGCCAGAAUUACAUGCAGAAGUCCAGCCCUGUAAUCCAGGUGCAGAACCUCCCAAGAAGGAUGCUUUUACUUCCACAGAACGCUGUGAAGAGCUGCUAAAUAAGAGAUGGAUGGAGGAAGACAGGUACCACAGGAAGCAUCAUAGAAUUGAUGAAGAUGGUGAUUUUGGUAGAAGAUACUACAGAGUGGACUAUGAUCCUGAGACAAAUGCAGAAAUGGACCCUAGAUUUAGAUCUGAAAGCACCUAUGGCAGAAAAACUCCCCGGGUUUUUUAUGCUGAAAGGCCCUAUCUGAAUGGAAUGGUAAGAGAUGUACCUGCAGAUUAUGAAGAUGAAUUAAAGGAGAGAGCACGUGUGCGGCCGUUGUCAAGAACUGGAGAUUCUAGAAAUCAGAUACAGAUUAGUUCUUCAACUAGUGAACAGGUGAAGUCUGCAGGUGAAAGGCGGUAUGCAACAGGCCUUGUUCUUGGUGGUCAGGACCGAGAACUUCUUCAGAGGAGAAAGGAGAAAUACAGACAAGAACUGAUGGAACAGAUGGCUGAGCAGCAGCGUAAUAAGAGACGUGAGAAGGAACUUGAGCUCUCAGUUGCUGCUUCUGGAGUUCAAGACCCAGAAAAGCAGCCAGAUAGAUUGAAGCAGUUUGGCUUCACAGCAAGAGCUUUUGAAGAGAAGGUACCUCCUGAAAGGCCCAGGGUGGCUUUCCAGACUCCAAUGCCAGCCCGUUCAGCCUCUCCAGUGAAUGAAGACUCUCAGAGUGAUAAGGACUUUCAGAGGGGUCUAGUCAGCAGUCUUGGGGAAAUGCUGGCUCCCAGGCUUGCACCAUUGCCACCGCCUCCACCACCAGUUUUGACAGACAACUAUAAAACACCUUAUGAUGAUGCUUAUUACUUUUAUGGGGCUAGGAAUCCUUUGGAUCCUGCUCUUGCAUAUUAUGGUACAGGAAUGAUGGGAAUGCAACCCACAUCUAGUCUGGAUCCUCCUUUAGGCCAAGCUCCAGUAGAGCAGCCUGUAAGCAACAUUGGAGAGAGGAAUACAGGAGACAGACAAAGAAGCAUAGGCAUGUAUUCUGAAGAAAAAACAAAGCCUUCCAAAGAGGCAACGUUAUCUUAUCAACAAGAAUUACAACAGCAGAUAAGAGAGAGAGAAGAGCGACGCAGGCAAGAGCGAGAGGAGAAGGAGAAGUUAGAAGCAGAAAUGAAGAAUUACAAUCCCUGGGGAAAAGGUGGUGGUGGUGCCCCUCUCAAAGAUGCAGAAGGAAAUCUGAUAACGGACUUGAAUGUCAUGCACAAGCGAAAUGAAGAGGCAUAUCAUAAUCCAGAGCCGAGACCAAAUGAAGAUAAAAGGGCUAUUGUUGACCUAAAUUUGGCCUCCUCGAGACCUGAGAACUCAGAAGCAUCUACAAAUAAAAUAGCAGGUAUUACAUUUGCACAGGCCUCUCCUUUUGCUCGAGGUAAUGUGUUUGCUGAGCCUCCAUCCCCAGAGCAGCUUAAGCGACAGGAAUCCUACAAGAACUUCCUGCGUCUACAGAUUGAAGAAAAGAGACGUAGGGAGGAAGCAGAGCGAGAAAAACUUAGAAUAGAAGAAGAAAAAGAGGAAAAACGACUCGCAGAGCAGAGGAUGAGAAUUCAAAAAGCAUAUGAAGAGGAACUGGAGGAGAGAAGGAGGAAAGAUGAGGAGCGAAGAUUGAAAAAUAAAGAAGUAAUUCAAUUAGGUGAAGAAAGGAGAAAAGAGGCAGAAAAACGACAAAAAGAAAAAGAAGAAAAGCAAGAGGAACAACUUAGACAGUAUUUUGAGAAAGAAAAGAUGGAAGAGGAGAAGAAGACGUUGUCACGACAAUCUUCACCCGUCAUUCCCGCUCUGCAGAACAAAUCAGCAAGAAAGGAGGAGAGGAUUCCCUCUGCUGAGAGCCGUCUGUCUUACUAUGCACAAGAUCCUCCACAGCCCAGAGCUCCUUCUCCACCUGUCCCUGCUCGAAGAAAUCAGCUGCGUUCAUUAGAGGAAAGGAAGAAUGUGAUCAACGAAUUAUCAGAGAUGAGGAAACAGCUUCGUAGUGAAGAGAGGCGACUGCAGGAACAGUUGCUAAAUGUGGCCAGUCAUGAUAAUGUACCAAUUACACGCAGGAGGAGAGAGAAGAAUCCAAGGGACAUAUUUGAGAUGGCCAGGCUUCGUCUGCAGGCUCCAGUUCGGAGACCUUCCUUGAAGGAGGCACAAGAUCCUGUCAAUAUACAGAAUAUCUGGGAAUUUAAUGAACUUAAAUACAAAGAUCCUGAAACACGUAUGGUCUUGAGGCACAUGUAUCCUGAUCCUCCAAAAGAUGACCAGACUCUAGAGAUUCAACAGCAGGCACUGUUGAGGGAGCAGCAGAGGAAACUUGACAAAAUGAGAAUGAGGAGAGAAACAGAAGUUUUUGAUGAUCAAGAGGAUUCUGCUUUGGACAACUACCCACAAACCAUGGGCCUGUUCAGGAACAAAUCUAAUGAAUUCCAGAAAAAUUCACUGUUGGAAUCGGAUAGUGCUUUUAUUGGUGCUAAUGGGGAAAUGUUUUCUGCCUUAGAAGAAGUGAAUUUGUUACCACAGCAUCCACUUUCUGCAAGGGAGAGGAGGCGACUGAAGCAGAGAGCUUUGGAGAGUGCUGUACAUGAGGAAGUUCCAGCAGGGCAGACCCCAUUGCCUCAGCCUGACAGCUUCUCCUUGCACUCCAACUUCAGCCUCGACGUGGAGCAGGUGAAAGGCAAGAACGAGGAGCGACUGCACAGACUGACUGAGCUGCAGCAGAACUCUCCUUCCUUGGGUGAUGACAUUUCCUUAGGGGAUGUGGAUGACCUUCUGAAGCGUGCCCAGUCCCAGGCCAGCUCCACGGACACGGUGGCCACAGAGCCCUGGCUGCGGCCGGGCACAUCGGCCACGCUGCGGCGGCUGCUGGCGGAGCAGCCGGGCGCAGGGCAGCUGUCCCCGGGGAGCGCAGGGCAGCUGUCCCCGGGGAGCGCAGGGAAGCUGUCCCAGCAGAGCGCACUCCCGAUGGCCUGGCACGGCCUCUCCACCGCACACGGCUGACUCUGCCCGGGAGCCGGCUGGGAGGGAGCGCUCGGCCCGGCCAGGGGUCUCGCAGGGAGGGAGAGCUGUCUUCCGUGUACAGUGUGUGGAGCUGUGUGUGUCAGUCCAAAUAGCAAUAAUAAAGGAUCAGCCGCUGCAGUGGAGCGGAGGUGGAGUACAGGGAUGUUUUCUGUUCCGUGACGUGGAGGAAUAGCUUGGCAGCUUUUGCACUUUUCAUACAACUUAAGUUUCAGCCUCAGAAACAGAGUGUGGUGUGUGUGAAUUUGAUAUUAAAUCAAAGAUUUUUUUUAGAUUUAUAGUCAAAAUCCAAAAAUUUCCGGCAUUAGAGCAGCCCAAGAGCAGAAGGGCAUUAGGUUUUUACCCAAAGAGUAACUUGAACACGGACACUUAGGUUUUAAUACAGGAUAAAUGCAGUCCUGCAUGAAAGCACAGCUAACACUUUCAUGGAAAAAAAAUACUAUCAACAAUAUGUCUUACAUUCCCUAAUUUGUUGUGUGCUGAAAAUACAGAUAUUGUUGAAUAUAUUUAUGUUUCUGAUUGAAGAGUUAAUAAAGUAUUUUGUUACUAAAA